GAGAGCUGAAAUGAAAACCUCCGGGAAAGAGAGUAAUUCAUUUUUUAGUCAUGAAGUAGGUUUUCCUCCACGAGAAUAACACGAAACAUGGCGUGAAGUCCCUCUCGGGGAGUCUCUACAUGAAUAUACAGCAAGGAGGGUCGAGCGUCAUGGCGGAGGGCGAGGAGGCGAUGAGCCAGGAGGACUGGAAGGAGAAGUGCAUCGUCCUGGAGGCGCUGCUCAUGAAGUUCAGGGUUCAGAUCGUCAAGAUCCGAGAGCUCACGGCGGAUAAGAUUCAGCAGCUGGAGACGCAGGUGAUAGAUGCGGAGAAACGAGCUUUCACCGCUCACCAGCAAGUGCAGUGGAUGGAGGAGAAGCUCAAGGCGGCAGACGGCGAGUCAGGAGACUCGGAGGUGCGUCUGUUUCAGCAGUGCCAGGAGCUGCAGGCCUUAGUGCAGGAGAAGGAGGACGUCAUCGCUCAGCUGGAGCAGCAGCUGGAGGAGCAGAAACAGGUCCGACUUCAAGAUGCCAAAACAGUGGAGGAGAAAGCCGCCAAGAUCAAAGAGUGGGUGAUGCAGAAGCUGUCAGAGUUUGAAGUGGAGAACGCAGCAUUGAGAGAAACCAACAAAAAACAGGAGGCUCAGAUUUUGGAGCUACAGAAAGAAGUUCAAGCCUUCGAGCAGAAGUGUGGUGCUGGCCGAGGCGUCCUGAGCAGACCUGGUGAGGCUCAGCGUCUCAGCAGCCUGACAUUUGGCUGUUUCCAGGUGAGGGGUAAAAGCCCCCAGGUCCUAACUGGACCGGCACCGUCCCAGAGGACCCUCAACGCAUCGGGAGAGAGCGAGGGCAGGGCCAAAACUGAGAAGAGCAGUAAGCAGACGUCCUCCUCUAGGACAGACGGUGAAGCCCAGAGAUCAAACCAAGCCGUGCUCCUGGAGGACAACGGUGGACCCGAGCACCCUGAUGAGAACGCGUGCGGACCCGAGUCCCGCGGCGUCUCGUCUGUCCUCUCCAGCGCCGCCUCGGAGGGCGACGCAGGAGAGAGCGACGGCAGAGGGGGAGGCUGCAGCCUGGAGUUCAGCCGGCCCGGCAGCGAGACCUACCUGACCGCUUCGGACGACAGCAGCUCCCUGUUCGACGACGACAUGCAGUGCGCCGAGCGUCCCGGCUUCAGCCUGACACCAGACAGGACUCUGCCGGGGUCUAAGGAGGGGGGGCAGGAGGGACACUGGGCCAAACUGGAGGACUGCUCCUCCGAGGAGCUCAACAAACGGUUCCAGUCCCAGAGGCUCGACUCCUCAUCGUCCUCCAGCGAGCCCAACACGCCCAGCCCCAUCCUCACACCCGCCCUCACCCCUAAGCGGCCCAACCCUCCCCAGGACCCGAGGGACAACCCCGCCUCGCCCAAGCAGCCCCGCCUGAGGACCCCGGCCGGUUUCGGCUUGAUGAAGAAACACUUGAGCCAGCCGCCCAUCAGCAGCGAGGCGGCGCACGGGCAAACGCGCAACGCCCUCAGCAUGCUGCGCCCCCUCCGGCCUCAAGAAACCGACCUGGACCAGCAGCAGGAGGCCGGCAUGGAGACGGGCGAGGACGGGACCAGGUCUCAGACGCCUCCCACCAUGACGCACUUACAGACCUCAUCCGACUGUGACGGCUCUGCGUCUGGAAACAAGCCCCCGACUCCUCCUUUACACAGGCUGCCGUCCUGGGAAAGUCGUAUCUACGCUGUGGCUAAAUCAGGAAUCAGACUGUCGGACACGUCCUGCUCAGACCUUUGUAGCAAAGACCCCUCUCUGCAGUCGUCCUAUCCUGCCUUUGUGAUGUACACGUCCCUCAUCUAUAAAAACAUGACGACGCCAGUUUACACUACUCUGAAGGGAAAAGCCACUCUCCUGAGCAGCAGCCCGUUCUCAGACGAGUCGUCCAGCUCCGAGGAGUCGUCCAGCUCAGGGGAGGAGGACGGCUCCGUCUGCAGCUCUCACGCCUCCUCUGGCUCCAGGAAGGACAGCAGCCCGGGCAGCCCACGCUCUCUCAAGAGAGCUGUGUCCAUGGCUUCGAUGACGUCAGAGAGCGACUACGCCAUCCCACCUGACGCCUACUCCACCGACACCGAGUGCUCCGAACCUGAGCAGAAACUACCCAAGACCUGCAGCUCGGCCAGCGACAACGGCAAGAGUGAGCCCAUGGAGAAGUCAGGCUACCUGCUGAAAAUGGUCAAGACCUGGAAGAAAACGUGGAAGAGACGCUGGUUUGUCCUCAAAGACGGAGAGCUGCUCUACUACAAAUCACCUAGUGAUGUGAUCAGGAAACCUCAGGGUCAGAUCGAAGUCAACGCCACCAGCAGCAUCGCUCGUGGAGAAGGGAAACAAGUCCUCCAGAUUGUGACGGGGAAGCGUGUUUACUACCUGAAGGCUGACUCUCCGAACCUGCUGGAGGAAUGGCUGCGGGUGCUGCAGAGUGUUCUGAGGCUGAAAGCUGCCAGCCCCCUCUUCACUCAGCCGGAUAUUCGCCCUGGCAUGAAGGGACUGCUCAUUAAGGUGAAGCACGGCUACUCUAAACGGGUUUGGUGCGCCCUCAUUGGGAAGACGUUGUACUACUUCCGCUGCCAAGAGGACAAGUUCCCGCUGGGUCAGAUUAAGCUGUGGGAGGCCCGGGUGGAGGAGGUGGACAGGUCCAGAGAUUCGGACGACGAGCUGAAGGCGUGUGGGCGGGGCUUACAAGGGGCGGCCUUCACCAUCGCCGUCCACCCGCAGGAGCAAGGCCCCACUUACCUGCUCAUCGAAUCCCGUCACGAGAAGGAGUCCUGGCUGUACCAUCUGUCUGUGGCAGCGGGCACCACCGUGGGUAAGGUCGGCACCGAGUUCGAGCAACUGGUAGGAAAACUGUUCCAGCUGGAUGGAGAUCCAAACUCUCAGAUUUGGAGACAUCCCACGUUGUGUUUCAGUAAAGAGGCUCUGUCUUCUCCUCUCACCACUCUGCCCUCACAGGCUCUGCAGACCGAGGCUGUUAAACUCUUCAAGACCUGUCAGCUUUUCAUCAACGUGGCCAUCGACGCCCCGGCCAUCGACUACCACGUCUCUCUGGCCCAGAGCGCCUUGCAGGUGUGCCUGGCCCACCCCGAGCUUCAGAACGAGCUCUUCUGCCAGCUCAUCAAACAGACCCGCAAGAGGCAGCCUCACGGCCACCCGGGCCCCCUGCAGGGCUGGCAGUUUCUGGCCUUGUGCGUCGGACUGUUUCUGCCUCAGCAUCCGGUGCUUUGGCUGCUCCAGGUUCACCUGAAAAGACACGGAGACUCCAGGACGGAGGUGGGAAAAUAUGCCAUCUACUGCCAGCGCUCAAUGGAGCGGACCCAACAGAAGGGGGAGAGGCAGGCCAGGGCGUCCCGUAUGGAGAUCCUGUCAAUCCUGCUGAGGAAUCCCUACCACCACUCCCUGCCUUUCAGCGUGCCCGUUCACUUCCUCAACAACACAUACCAGGUGGUGAGCUUCGACGCUUCAACCACGGUGGACGAGUUCCAGUGUCGCCUCAACCAGGACACUGGCAUGAGAAAAACAGGACUUUCCGGUUUCAGCUUGUACACGGACGACCCCACUGGACGAGAGCUGGAGCACUGUCUGCAAGGAGGCAUCAAGAUCUGCGACAUUAUCUCCAAAUGGGAGCAGGCUUCUAAGGAGCAGCACACGGGCAAGUCUGAGAACACCAGGACUGUCCGUCUCACGUACAAGAACAGGCUGUACUUCUCUCUCCAGGUGAGGGGGGAGUCGGAGAGGGAGAGGCUGCUGCUGGCCUAUCAGACCAACGAAGCCAUCAUAGCGGGACACUUUCCCGUCAACAAGGAGCUGGCUCUGGAAAUGGCCGCCUUGCUCGCCCAGGUGGAGUUCGGAGACUUUGAACGUCCCUUCUCUGCCGCUGGUUCCGCUCAGACCAAGUCAAACCAAAGCCUGAAGCAGGUUUUGGACAGAUUCUACCCUAAACAUUACCGCAGGACCACAACCGAGGAGCAGCUCAGACAACUGCUGCAGCGCCUCUCCGCCCGCUGGGCCUCGCUCAGGGGUCGAAGUUCAUCCGAGUGUGUCAGGAUCUACCUGACGGUCGCCAGGAAGUGGCCUUUCUUUGGCGCCAAACUGUUUGAAGCAGAGUCCAUCACUUCAUCUCCAGAGCCGGGCGUGCGUCUUUGGCUGGCAGUGCAUGAAGACGCCAUCAGCGUUCUUGAGCACAACUCCAUCAAGCUGCUGGUGUCCCACCCCUACAAGAACCUGAUGACGUUCGGAGGCUGCAAGCAGGACUUCAUGCUGGUGGUGGGUCAGAGCGUUGGGACCAACGCCAGCAAAGACAAACCCACAGAGAAGCAUCUGUUCGCCAUGGACGCCUCCAAGAUCAGGGAGAUCACCCUCCUCGUCUCCAGCUACAUCAACAGCGCUCAUCAGCAGAAGGCCGCCGCCCACCACCUCUCCGCCCCGGCCCUGAUGGUGGCGCAGCCCGUCAGCCUGAAGAGCAAAGAGCUGAGGAGCAAGUCCCCCCCAGCGCUGGGUCGGCCCAGCAAGACCCCCACUCUUCUGUGAAACCGAAAGACAGCCAGGUCUAAUUUAAACGGAGGCGGCGAAAUGAAGGGUUUUAUUUACAGGUGUGCGCUCGUGGUCAGACAUCUGGGAGACUUGCGUCACGAAUCUGCCGUGUGGAAAGAUGGCGGCGUAGUUCCUGCAGAUCAGCUGAGGUUUGCGGCCGCGUUGAUGAUCUCACGGCGCGGUGCCUUCGUCCCCUCAUAAGUUUUUUAUGAGGAGGUGUGGGUGAGGCUGGAGCACUUGAGUUGAUCACCAGGGAACAAAGGUGGCAUCGAAGCAGCAGUGAGCAGCUUGUUCCUUGUUAGGCCGAGACUCUGGAGAGAGAAAUCAACAGUGUUUAUUGACAGACUGAGACGUCUCAUCCGUCAGCUUUCAUUUUGUAAAGAUGCCAUCUGAAGUUAAUGUUCCCAUUCUUGCCUUAAAACUAAUGUCAUAAACGGUGUAGAAAUAACAUGAAACUUUGACACUGAAUAAUGUAAGAGUUUUUUUUUUGUGUGUGUAUGUGAAGCUUAUCCACCAGGUAGUGAAACCACUCGUGUUAACUCCAUCAGCACCAUCGUCAUAUCUACAAGCAGUGAAACAGGAUGUGUCAUUAAGCGAGAUGAAUAUCAUUACUAAAGCAACCACAUACGUCAAAUCCAGCAGAAGCAUCAAUGUAGACCCAAUAAAGUGGCACAAAUACACAUACAAGAUGUAAAUAUAGUUCAUUUUAGUCACUGGAACUUGGGAAUCAAUUUCGAUUUUCCCUGGCUGGGUCAGGCUGGCUAACUUUCCUCAGAAUAUCCAGCUUUUCCUUAAACAUUGACCAUGGAAAUAUCUUUCUAAGAAGAUCUGCAACCAAAUCAAUAGCGUUUCCUCCUUCCGACCAUCAUUACUUCAGAUAUUAGCUAUAAAAAUGUUAAUGGUAGUGAUGUUCGAUACCGAGUGAAAUUCAGGGUGGUAUCGGCGAUACCGAACCGAUACCGAUACUUUUUUAUUUAUUUAUUUUAAACUCUGAAGUGUAUCGAGGUAGUGACCUCAUUUUACUAUAUAGCCGAGCUAAUACAACGACAGAAAAACCAAACAGAGUCACACAGUCAUACAAAGUAUGUGAAAAUGGCGCUAAAAACACCCAUUACCUCGAAUUACUAAAGUAUCGAUAUUUUGAUUUUGAGAAUCGAUAUUAGACCUCCUGGUAUCUGGAAUCAGAAGUAUCUAUAUUUCAUUUAUCGGUCACUAGUUAAUGGUGGUGAAUUGCUUGUGCAGCUCUCUGAGCGUCCAGUCAGAGGACGCCAAAGCCCUGACGCCACCGUAGAAGUUUAAGGUACAAGUGAGCAGCGUGACGUGCAAAAACAAGACACUUUUCAGGAACGAAAAAUAGCACAAUACAACACAAUGACACAAUGACACGAUACAUGACUGUAAGAGUAAAGGGAACAGUGCGUAGAGGAAGUACAAGUUAUGAAUAAUAACAAAUAUUAACAGUAGACAGGCGCAGAAAACAGGUGCUAAGGUGCAACUUCAAAAGCUCUGGGUGGAAGACUGAGGUGUGAUGAGAAUAGGGAAGAGCGCACAUAGUUCAACCCUGUUUGCAUUUAGUUACUGAAUAGCCAGGAUUGUGGUAAAACUUUAAUCGUGUGAAUGACUUGUACCAGAAAGGUGCAUUCACUCAGAAUUGCAGGGAUAAGGUAUGAGAAGGUGAAGCAGGUCUGUUUUAUUUUCUAUCUCUAAGUUAUUCUACCCUUUUUUUUUCUUUUUUUUUUAACGCCACAAAUGAUAACAAACAUUUCUCUGCACUGAGUUCCUUCCUGAGUUCCUUCAAACCCUGUCACUCGUUACACAGUUGCCCCCCCAAAAAAACAAAAAAAAAAACGCUAUGUUUCUGUAGUAUCUUUAUUAUUCACACCGACCAGGCGUAACAUUAUGACCACCUUUCCAACAUUGUGUAGGUCUCACUUGUUGCCUCCAAAACAGUCAUGACUCAUCAGAGAAUGGACAUGGGCCUUCGCCGCGUCUAUGAAGUGGUUUCUGUUGGUGCUGAUCAUGUGAUAAAAAAAAAAACAAAAAAAAACUGAACUCAGUUUGAUUGUAAUCUCUUUUUCAAAAGCUGACUUAGUCUUAAAGCCUUUUUAUUCAUUAGUCCAAUAAAAUGCAUUUAAAAUCAGGGGUCUUCAGCGUUUUUCAGCCCGACGACCAACAAACUGGUGGUAGAGAUUAAGUAGGGACCCUCUACCUACUAUAUGUGUUCUAUAUUAAACUCGGCCUAGUGCUAUUUGCAUUCAAUAUUAUGCUAUUCAAACAUUUCACAGGUUCAAAUGUUCUUUUUAUUUAAAAAUUUCAAACAAAAACAGUAGAGUGGCCGUGCGACUGCCCUGAGGGACCCCCCCCCCUCGUUGAAGACCUAUGAUGGAUGGUUCCGGAUAGAAAACCUCCACUGACAUAAUUCCUCACAAAACCCGCCCCUCCGUCCUCCCCAUUGGUGCGAGCGACCCUGACGUGUUGAUACCUGCAGCAGGUGCCCGGCAGCCACCACCGGCUGACACACCCUCAUUCCUGUGGCCUCUUUCACAGAAGACACACGAAGGCGGGGGUGGUGGUGGGGGUAGGGACGCUGGGAGAUACAUGACACCUAAGUUGAACUAGUUAGAGACUUGCUUUUCUGCUUGCGUUGCUAUGGGACCGCAGAGGGGGAGGGAGGGAGGGCUAGAAACAGGGUGAGGCACAAGGGAACAAAGGCACAAUAGACAAGUUUACGCUAACAUGACGUCCGAAAACAAGUGUAAGAGUUUCAUGCGUUGGUUAAACUGGGUUUUUUUUUGUUUUUGUUUUUGUGGGAAAUAUGUGAUUCAACCUUAAGCAGGGCUUCACUUAGACACAAGGUUUAAACAGGGACUGCCCUCAGGGGAGCGACGCCGAUCAUGUAACGAAAAGAGUCGAGGGGGGAUUUACAUAUUUCCUUUUUUUAUAAUUUUAAAUUAUUUUUACGUCCCAUAGUUUCGCCUUAAGCGUAGUCUCUCCCACUUCACGUCUGAUCUCUGCUACUCCGGAGUUCCCUGGACUUUGGCUUUUUCCGCCUGACUCAUGAACAAAACGUCCUGCAGUUUCACUUGAAGUCCAUUUAAAGCCCUUGCUCAGUAUUUGUUGUGUACAUAGCACAGGUGUCCGUUUGAACCGGACGGACAGGUUGGACGCCAUGCCGCGCAGCCCGGCACACCGCGGGACCGGGGGUAGGGCUCAAAAACCACCUCCUCUCUGCACAAAACAGGUGUUGCCACCAGGAGAGAAGCCUCAGUUAAACAAAAACAUUAAAGCAGCCUUUCCCCCACACACACAUCACCUCAACUGUUUGUGUCACGGAUUCCAAAACCUUUCAAGUCGAGAAUGAACAAGCUUCCUUUUGUUUUCCCGUUUCUAUAAAAAGUGCCCCCUAUGAAAAGCAGUUUCUUUCACCGGAGACACAUUUAAAGUAGACCAUGCCACACCCAUUCGAAGCUUUUAUGUGCUCGGUAUCAAAGCAGCCAUCUUACAGGGAAGUGAUAAAGAGGUUCUGAGAAAAUGUCAUCAUCGAUACAAGCCAAGGUUGGAGCAUGGCAACACAAAGAGCGCUCAUUAUCGCAAGACUGAAUCAAAACUGCUGCAGGCAAAAUGGCGUCCUGCAGGUUCAUGUCACCUCGUCCCUUCCUCCAACCCAGUAGUUUUCCACUGUGACUAAAACGCAAGAAACACGCACCACACCACCAGUUGUAGGUUUUUUUCCAAACAUUUUUUUUUUAUUAAAAACAAUUCAGCACACACACAUACACAUAUUAGUAAGAAACAGCCUAUGUACAGCCUAUGAUGUAGAAUUUAAACCAUUCAAAAAAGUUCGAACGUUAAAAUGUGGCACGUUGCCAAGCACAGCGAGUUGUGGCACUGUGAAUAUAUUAUGGAUAUACAUGGAAUGACAGUUACGAUUACACACAGCGCCGACAAAAAAAAAAAAAAACAAAAAAAACAAAAACUCAAAACAAUAAAA